UCAGCCCACAAAGAGAAAGAAGGCGUAGUGGCGAGGCAGGCAGGGCAAAGCAGGACAGAGGAUUCCGAUGAAAAGAGCUUAGAGGACUGAACACUUCUCUUCCGACACACAACAAGCAGACCUCGGGAUCAAGAUGCACGGGCGCAAGCAGUGGAGCACGCGAGCCGCCGUCAUGGCCCUGCUGGUGCUCGCCGCCAUGGCGGCCGAAGGAGGCAAAUCCGACAAACAAGGCAAGAAGGAGCGCAAGUCGGACUGCGGCGAGUGGCAGUGGAGCGUCUGCGUGGCCAACGAGGGCGACUGCGGCCUGGGCACCCGCGAGGGCACCCGCACCGGCACCGACUGCAAGCAGACCAUCAAGACGCAGCGCUGCAAGAUCCCCUGCAACUGGAAGAAGAAGUUCGGAGGGGAGUGCAAGUACGACUUCCAGGCUUGGGGGGAGUGCGACCUGAGCACGGGCAAGAAGAACAGGACGGGCGUGCUGAAGAGGGCGCUGAUGGACGCCACCUGCGCCCCCACCGUCACCGCCAGUAAGCCUUGCGGGAAGAUUCCCAAGGCCAAGCUGCAAGAUGCCAAGAAGCAGAAGAAAGAAGGCAAGAAGCGAGAGCGCGGCCAAAUGGACUGAUGAUGAUGAUGAUGAAGAAGGCACAGUGGAUGAAGAUGAAGAGGAGGGUGGAGUCGACUGUCCCGUAGGCUGCAGCAGGAGAAAGCCCGUGCAAAUAAGACCCGUAGUGUUUAUAUUUAGUGUUCUUCAGAAACAAAGACGUUAGAUUUUAUCACAUAAUCAGCACCAAUUCACUGGAAUAUUAUAUCCUUCCGAUUGCUGCUUUUCAUUUGUCGUUACCUCAAUUUACCCCAUUUUUUUCUUUAAUUCUAUUAAUCCUCAAUACUGUAGUAUUAAAAUCCCUUCCAGCCCAAACCCGGCUUCCUUCAUUUUCCCAGAAUGCAAAUAAAGGAAUAAAAGAUUUUUUUUAACAUUUUUAUUUUCAUCCUGAAAGAAUAUGGCACAAGUUUUAACCAUUAAGAUGCAUGAAAAAUUGUCAAUUGACUGUACUGGGGGUAAGGGGCUGUAGAAGAGGGGUGGGUAAAAGGGGAGGGAUUUGGGAGGCUAUGAAAUACGCGUAUGUGCAUUUCCAAUUCUUACAUAUGUCAUAUAGAUUUUUAUAUAUAUCUGUAUUUACAUAGCAAACUUUUUUUUCCACAAGUCACACACACAAACAUCUACAAAUGCAACAAAAAUGCAGUUGGCGGUGAGGCCAAAUGUUUUUUUUUUUUUCUGUGUCCACUUUUGUGAUCCAUCCGCACAACAUUGCAAAUCAUGCCCACAGAAAUGCACGUCAUUAUUCUUAUUAAAAUAAAAACAACAACAACAAAUAAACCAUUUUAACACAAAAGUUUCUGUACACUUUGAAACGGCACAUUUUCUACACGGAUUAUAAAUUGUGUGUGAAAUGUUGAGUAGAUGGAGGGGAGUCUUUGGAAGCCUGUUUGGAAUCUCCGGUCAGAUGCUCGCGCGUUCACGUCUGCGUGCGCGCGCUUGCAAACAGCAAAUAUGGAGACAGAUAUGACAGCUGUUCAAUGAAAGUAGCUGUAGCUCAGAGCUUACACAUUCACAUUGAAGGAGCAAUUUGCAUUUUGUCAUUCCGGCUAAGGCACUUUGAAAUUGCUCCGUACAAUCUGGCGAUAUUUUCCAUUUGUCGCUCGUUCCGCAAACUUUUUUUGCGCCCCCCCCCAUCCCCCCUCUUUUCCACCACGUGGGAGGAUUUUAGCCCUUUGACGUAAGCCGUGUGAAGAGGAGCCCGAUUAGCUCUGACGGCACGAUGAAGACGACGAUGAUAACGACGUGGAAUAAAGACGGGGAUAUUCCGGAAUUCCCACAAUGGAACGCUUCACCCGGACGUCCACAUUGGGACGGGGGCAGAUUUUAUUAUUUAAUUUUAAAAACAUUUAAUUGGUCAAAUUCCCCACCCAGUCGUGUUUUAAUUGGGUCUUCCAUGCCUCUAGGGGGCAGCAUUUGGCCAUAAAUGUGUAUUUUCCAUCCAAAUUUGUGGAAGAUGAACUUGCUCACUAAACCACAGGUGUUCCCACGGCUGAGGUUGUUCCAAGAGAGGGAAAAAAAAGCCGAAAUUACCCUUUUGGUAAGUGUCAUAAUGUUACAAUUGUCACCGGUGCUGUGUCAUCAUU